AUGCCGCGCUCCUUCCUGGUGAAAACGCACUCCAACCACAGGGCCCCCAACUACAGGCAGCUGGAGACGCAGACAGAAAUUAAUGGAGCCUGUUCUGCCUGCAGGGGGCUGGCGGUGCCCCUCUUCCUCCCAGACAAGGCCGCCUCUUCCACCCCUGCUGACCCUCCCCGGCCCUGGGACCGCACCUCUGUCGUCUCCCGCAUCUCCCUGCCCCUUCCGAGUACCGAGGAAGCUCGGGGGACCUCUGGGCCAAACGCCCCGGAAGGCAGCCGGGCGGACUCCCGGGCCGGCCGGGCCCCCAGCGUGCCCCUCAGAGACAGCCUGAACCACCUCAACCUGCCCGCGCUGCUGGUUCUGCCCACGCGGUGGCCCCCCAUCCCGGGCCCGGACGGGGGCCAGGCUCCAGACGGACUGCAGGCAGCCCCAGGGGGCUUCGAGGGCCUGCACUGCUGCAGGCCGCGCCCCACGCCGGCCGGGCUGGCCAGGCACCGGCAGCUGCACUGGCCCCCGCGGGCGCCCCGCUGCUUCAGCUGCAGGUACUGCGACAAGGAGUACGGCAGCCUGGGCGCCCUCAAGAUGCACAUCCGCACGCACACGCUGCCCUGCCUCUGCUCCGUCUGCGGCAAGGCCUUCUCCAGGCCCUGGCUGCUCCAGGGCCACAUCCGGACCCACACAGGCGAGAAGCCCUACAGCUGCUCGCACUGCGGCAGGGCCUUCGCUGACCGCUCCAACCUGCGCGCCCACCUGCAGACACACUCGGACACCAAGAAGUACCAGUGCGGGAGCUGCACCAGGACCUUCUCCCGCAUGUCGCUCCUGGCGCGGCACGAGGAGUCCGGCUGCCGCCGCGGCCCCUGACGGGUGCUCCAGCACAGCAGGAGGGACAGGACCUCGCCCUCCUGGCACCCGUCCUGCCCGGUGGGCCCAGCCCCGCGCUCGCUGGGCGGGCGUUCCUCCUCUCCCGCUGGCCACCACGCGGUUCUGUCCAGGACCAGAGCCGCCAACGGGCCGUUAGGAUGACAGCGGGAAGACCGUCACGGCAGCGAGAGCCACCGUCCUGUGUGCCUUGCUCCGGUUCCCGGUUCUCUUCUCCCAAGAGAGAAGGCUGCUGGGGGUGGAUGCCCGCUGGGCCAGCUCCUGCCCCCCGGCCUCCGUGGGCACGGCUCCCUCAGGCUCGCCCCCGCCUCCUGCGCACACGCACGCGCCGCUGGGACCCGACGCGGAGCCAGGGCCCCAUCUGCAAGCGUAGGGCAGCGAGGAGCCUGCACCUGCCGGUCACAUCCUCUGAGGCCCCGCGUCCUGCCUGUGCCCUGGGUCUGCGGAGGAGGCCGAGCCGGAGUAAUUACCCAGACUCCCGGGUAACAUGGGCCUCUGCCCACAGGGCAGGGGGGGGAGGUGUCGGGACGGGGAGUGGGGAGGCGG